CGAGCGACGAUUCUUCUUAUUAAAGUCAAGUGCGCGAAAUCUAGCUUUGUCAAGUACAUAAACGAUUGAUUCAAAGUAUAAUAAAGAAUCAAGUCAUUUAAAAAUUGUAAAAUUCAAGUCCUUGAGUAUUGGUGGCUACUCGAUUCGCAAACAGCUAGAGAUAUUACAAUAUCUUGAGGGUAUUGUUGAAACAAGCUUUUGAAUAGCUACCUUGAUUUCUUAGAUGGCAAUUGUCGAGAAUUUUAAAUCUGAAAGAAUCUGUGAACUGUUUAAGUAGGUUCAAGAAGUUCAUUUAGCCACAUGCCUCCAGCUGGACUUUCAGCAAGAGGCUUGUCUAUCUUGAUGGACCCUGGACAUCCAGAUGCGCGUUUUCGUAAUGAGCGUUACCUACUCUAUGGUGAAAAUGGCUCAACACAAUCCAAUAGUAAUAAUGCUUCUCAUUCUCCCAGACCAUAUCAGCAAGCUGGCAGAAGCACUAAUCAACCUUAUGGCCCAAACUACAGUUACACACGUACAACGAGUAACAUGUCAGACAGCAGUGUAUCAGACACGCAUAGCGGCGGGACCGCUCGAACAAUGUCGCAACACACUAGCCCUUCGCAUAACACGCUAUCAUCACACUCUCGUCAAGACAGUGUAAUACUCUUCACUGCCUUGUUCGAUUAUGUCGCACAAGGAGAAGAUGAGUUAUCCCUCGUACGGGGUGAAACUGUCGAGGUUUUGUCGAAAGAUUCAAAAAUAUCGGGUGACGAGGGUUGGUGGACGGGUAAAAUACGUGAGAAAGUGGGUAUAUUUCCAGCGAACUUUGUAGCCGAAGCUUUGACGAUCGAUCGAGUCUCCUCAGUUAUCGAGCAAGUAAAACCGGUUCAGAUAGACUUUGAAGAAUUGACGCUCGAAGAAGUCAUCGGCGUGGGUGGUUUUGGAAAAGUAUAUCGGGGAUAUUGGAAUAAAAAAGAAGUAGCUGUGAAAGCAGCGCGACAGGACCCAGACGAGGAGCCCAGCGUAACGCUUGAAAAUGUACACCAGGAAGCUAAGCUCUUUUGGCUGCUGAAACACGAAAAUAUCGUUCAGCUCGAGGGUGUGUGUUUAAAAAUGCCUAAUUUGUGCCUAGUAAUGGAAUAUGCACGCGGUGGCAGCCUCAAUCGAGUUUUGAGCGGCCGAAAAAUUAGGCCAGAUGUACUAGUCGACUGGGCAAUACAAAUUGCUCGUGGUAUGGAUUAUUUGCAUAACAAUGCACCGAUCAGUCUCAUUCACAGGGAUCUAAAGAGUUCAAACGUUUUAUUGAGUGAACCCAUCGAGAACGAUGAUUUUCAAUACAAGACGUUGAAAAUCACGGAUUUCGGAUUGGCACGUGAAGUGUACAAAACGACGCGGAUGUCAGCAGCAGGAACUUAUGCAUGGAUGGCACCUGAAGUAAUCAAGAAAAGCACGUUCAGUAAAGCCAGCGAUGUUUGGAGUUAUGGUGUGCUUUUGUGGGAACUAUUGACCGGAGAAACUCCGUAUAAAGGAAUUGAUGCGUUAGCUGUUGCGUACGGAGUAGCUGUAAAUAAAUUGACACUACCGAUUCCAUCAACUUGCCCACAGCCUUGGAGGUGUCUAAUGGAAUCUUGUUGGGCUUCCGAUAGUCAUUCCCGUCCGGGAUUCCCAAAAAUUCUAAUUGCUUUGGACGAAGUAAGAAGCUCUUUUGCCGCGACUCCUCAUGAAUCGUUUCACACCAUGCAAGACGACUGGAGGCUGGAAAUCGAAGAAGUCCUGCACGGUUUGCGCAUGAAAGAAAAGGAAUGCCGAUCCCUCGAGGAGGAACUGCGCUGCAGAGAGGAAGAGCUUACUAAAGCCCAAGUGCAACAGCGACAACACGAGGAGAAUCUUCGGCUCCGUGAGGAAGAGCUCGCAGCUCGAGAAAUCGAUCUUUUGGAACGCGAGCUCACAGUAAUGAUAAUUCAACAGCAAAAUACAGCACCUACUCCCACGCCUUACAAACGACGUGGAAAAUUUAAAAAAUCAAAACUAAAACUAAACAAAAAAGAACCGGGAAGUAAAAUAAGUGCACCUUCAGACUUCAGGCAUACGAUAACUGUGCAACAUACAGCACCGGAUCGAGUGAAAAGUCGGAAUCCUUCCCGAUCAAAUAGCCCACCAGGUUCACCUAGCAUCCCAAGAUUGAGAGCAAUUGCAUUGCCAGCCGACGGCGUUAAAGGUAAGACGUGGGGACCUUCAACGUUGCAUCAACGCGAGCGUGGUGCAAUCAUCCCGCCUAACGCUGGCUCGCCCACGUCGCCCUCGGGUUCUGCCGGAAUAGAUGGAGUAUCGAACAUAAUGAUGAUGUCGGGUGACUCUAGUGCUGUUGCUAGUACCGGUAAGCGUUGGUCCAGAUCCGCGCCGGACUUGGAAAAAUCUCCGAUGCGAUCGCCUGUAUCGCCCGAGGGAGCAGCCGCUCUACCACCAGCUCAGCAUGUGGCGCGUGCUCAUCAUCAUCAUCAUCAUCAACACCCACACCAUCAGCAUCAUCAACACAGACCAGCCUUGCAUCAAGAAAUAGGUAACGUCAAUCUCAAGAAUGAAAAUGCGAGAAAACUCUACUCUUCGGCCAAUGAUUUGGUCGAUAGCCCAUCGUCAAUGGGCCCGCGCUACGAAUCUAGCAUACAACUUAUUAACAACGAAGACGGUUUUGCCGUCGUCGACACGACUCCGCCACACACCAACCGAGAUGACGAUUCUAUGUCGUCGUCGAGUACAGUGGUUGGUUGUGUGGGCAAAUCCAAGCGACGUGAACGCAGUAAAUCCAAAGACUCUACUCCCAAACGUAGAGACAGCUCAGAAUCGAGACUGCACUCGUUAGCUGACUUUUUCAGAUCACCUUCCGGAUCGCGUAAAAGCUCGCUGCAGAACGAACCGCGUAAAUUUACGACUCACGUGACGAUCAAAAUAAAUGACUCGGACCAAAUGGUCAUGCCAGAUGAGAGUCCAGAGCAGUCGUUCGAGAAACCUCGCAAGUCGCGCUACUCUAAAAGCCCAAUGAGAGUUUUGAAUCGAAUCAAAGCUUGGGGUAGUCGCGAUGAGCUCGACGAUAAAAAUACUCGUGGAAAUACGGUUGAAUAUAGUACUCUCAACGACAAUGUGGCUUUGCUGCCCAAGUACGAUCGACAACAAGUGCACGUUAGCAGCUCGACUCCUAGUUUUCUGGCGGCUAGUUCGCGCGAGGGCAUAGAUUUUGAGAAUCUAGAGUCGGAAUUUUGCGAUUUAGAAAGCGAACGCGUGACCAAUACAACUCGCAGCGAAAGCGGGGAUGACGAUACCAAGGAUUUGAUCGAAAUCAAAGAUAGGUCAAAAAUUGAAGAUACGAGAAACAUAUCGCUAGCAGAUAGCAAUGAGAUCGUAUCGAGACAUUUGAGAAGUGCUUCGGACGGCACGACGCAGCAGCAUCAAACGGUUAUAGGUUCAUUUGCAAAGCCAAAAAUUUAUGCGGCCCAAAAGUUCUUUCGAAAGAACUAUAGUCCAGGCAAAAAAAGUUAAGAUUUGUCGUUUUACUUACGUCUUCAUAUAGCUACGAUGCCAUAAUUAUUACUCUUAAGUUGCAGUGAAGCGGAGUUUCUACAAUAUAAAUAUUUAUUUUUUCAUUUAUAUAAAGUAGUAGACUAUCCCAAGUAAUUUUCACAUUGCUUUAUUUAUCGUAGAAUAAAAUUGUUGAUGAUAUUGGACAUAAUAUCUUAAGAGAUUAAAGUUUUUCCUGUAGCCAAUGGACGACUGACUGUCGACUAUAAAAGGUAUACUUGUAUCAUAAAAAGUACCCAAGGAACGACGUUAGAUUUUACAUUUUUAUACCUUCACUUUUCAUUUUGUGCAAUAAACUCGUUAUUAUAACCUUGAUUGGUCGGAAGUGACAGUAAAAUUUUAAUUAUACCGUUGUUUUUGGGGUAUGAUUUUUAGAAAAUUCUUUAUAGCUGAUUAAAAAAAAAUAAUCUAAGAAUUAUUUUAAUUAAAUUUAUAGUGCGAUAUAUUUUUAAUAAAUAGAUAUAGGUAUUAUCAUAAUCGUGAUUUCUGUGUUGAAUCUUUAAUUCUUAUUUAUAUAUCAAUCGUGUAAUUAAAGUCCUUUUUUAAAAAUAAAAAUAGUCAAAAAAUUUGAAAAUAUCAUUUCAGUAGGAGGGCUAAAUUAAUUAUAAGAGUAAAUAUAGACUUUUGGUAAGGGACCACUUCCAAAAAAAUGUCCUCGUGAAAAAUAAGUGUUGGUUUAAGAUAGAUUUGCUUGAGACAAACUAUGAAAUUUUUCAAAUGAACCUAUUACCCAUAAUGACUAUUUAUUUUAAAGACUGGUUCGAUUGCUUCAAAUUUUCAAAGUAUGAAGCUGGUCUCAUUGACUUAGUACACAAAUUUGAUACUCUGUUAAAUGUCAAUUUGAUAAAAUUGAAUAUAGUAAUAUAGUAAUAUAUAAUUAUAGUCUGGUGUUGGUUAAAAAUUCUCUCAAAAGUUUAUAACAUUCUAACAAAAAUACGAAAAAAUUUCGGAGUAGAUCCUACGCCAAAUAAAAAGACUACGCCAAGUCAUUUUGCUUGAUCCCAUUAUGUACGUUCUUUUUGUAACAAUGCAAAAAAAAACAUAUAAGUGCCCGUGGAUUUAGAUCAAAUGUUUUUAUAAUACAUGUAAUUAUAUGCAAUAAUAGAAAGUUUUAAAUUUAUUUUAGUCGAAAAUAUUAUGAUUUAGAUUGCGUGGAUUUUCUCCAAUUGUCAUUGUUGAAAGAUUAUCCAACGUUAAAGUCAUACUUUUUAGAUCGCACCAUUACCGCUGCAUUCGCAUGUAGAUAAUUGUAAUUAUGACAACAACAAAAAUUUCCGCAAUAAAAAUGUGUUGAGUUGAAA